CGCAGGGCGUGCCGCAGGCUGCCCGAGGAAUGGAGAUGCGGCGGGGCGGCUCAGUGGGGCGUAUCGCGACAUGGCAGGUGGAUGUUCCUUCUGCACCUUCUGGCAGCGGGCAGCGGGCCCGCGGGAGCAGCGCCUGCUGGGCCUGCUGUCCUACGGGCUGGUGGCGCUCGGCGCCGUGUCGGCGCUGCUGCUGCGGUUCAUCCCCAUGCCCUACGGGCGCUACUCGUCGCGCCGUUUCGGCUGGCUGCUGCCCGCCCGGCCCGCAUGGCUGCUGCAGGAGCUGCCCGCGCUCAUCGUCCCGCUCGCACUGUCCGCCUGCAUCCCCUCAUGGCGGCUGCCCAACGCCGUGCUGCUGCUCUGCUUCGUCCUGCACUACGUCAACAGGGCACUCAUAUUUCCUUUUCUGAUCCGGCAAGGAAAGCCGACACCGUUUUUCACCUUCCUACUAGCACUUCUCUUCUGUAUAUACAAUGGAUACUUGCAAGGCCGAAGCUUAAGCACCUAUGCAGAGUACCCUUCAGACUGGUUAAAACAUCCUUGUUUCAUUGCAGGUUUCCUGGGGUGGCUGAUUGGCAUGGUAAUCAAUAUUCAUUCUGAUCAUAUCCUUAGAAAUCUGAGAAAACCUGGAGAAACUGGUUACAAGAUACCAAGAGGGGGAAUGUUUGAAUAUGUCAGUGGAGCCAACUUCUUUGGAGAGAUCCUGGAAUGGCUUGGAUUUGCCCUUGCCUGCUGCACUAUUGAAAGCCUUGCAUUUGCACUAUGUACGCUAUUCAUUUUGAGUUCAAGAGCAAAGCAACACCACCAGUGGUACCUUGAGAAAUUUGAAGACUACCCAAAGAAUAGAAAAAUUGUGAUUCCAUUUGUAUAUUAGUCUGUUAUUUAAAUGCCAUCAGGUUCUGAUGGUAACACCAUUUUUAAAUGGUUACUUCUUGGAACAAGUAACACUUCAUGAGUGUUACCCAGCUAAUGUUCUCCUACCACUGUGACAAAGCCUUUGUAUCUGUGCUAUUAAUUACUACUUUUCCUUGUAAUUAGAACCCUUAACUCAGUGGGCAUGGUGAACAGGAACAGAAGUGCUUUUGCAGUGGCACAUGACUAUUGUGAGUACAUAGGACAAGACAUCUGGAUUCAUACCAUAUAAACUAUUGUACAGGAUUUCUAAUGCUUCAGGUUCAGCCUACAGUUUUCUGGUGUUCUCAUCUGAGGAUUGUGCUAUGACACAGUCACUCUCAGUGUACAGUUUGGCUGAUGUAUUCAGCCUUCUACUUGUCUGCAUAAACCCAUGGGACUGAUUUGAUCGCCUUUCUCAUUCUUUCUUCCCUUUGCCCUCCAUUUCCAGGAGAUCAAAUGCAGACCAAAGACAUUAAAUGAAUAUAGUUACUGUGAGACGAAAGAUGUUCUUCAUCCUCUCUGCACUACUGUGCAGAUAUGAACAAAACAGAGAUGUUAAUGCUGUUCGCAUUGAUAGCUAUACCAGUGCCUUUCCCAAAUAACAGAUUGACUUUAAACAUCUGCCUCUCAAACUUCAUAACCAUCUCAAAUAAUACUCAGUGUAUGUUUUCAGCUCCAUAUUACUCUAGAGGACAUUAUUUAUUAGGGAUGCUUAAUACAGUCUAGCACGGUUGAUGGUUCUUUUUAAUGUUCUGUAGAUUUUGCUUACUAUAUAGUUUUUUAAAAAAUCUUUGGUAAUAUUGGUAUAUUGGUAAUAUAAUUUCACUAAACAUUGAGUUUUCCAUUAUCCCAUUAAGCUUUGUUUGGAGCUCAAAAUUCUUUUCUUUUUUUUUUUUCUUUUUUUUUUUUUGUAUGAAUUACUCUACUAUCAGAGAAACCAAAGUGUUGCAAGGGAAGAAUUUUUGCCUUAAUUAUUUUUUACAUAUAUUUUAAAUAUAUGCAGGGAAUAGGUGAUGAAAAAGUGCUUUGCUACCCAGACUUCUGCUUAACAGAAGUUUGGUUACUAACUGCUCUCCUUUGCACAGCUUAUACAGUACUUAAUGCACUGAAGCAUUGGCUAUCAUUAUGGGUUUAUUCAGGGAUAUAAAGAAGUGUAACACAUUCUAUUAUUAUUGACUGAAAUAGUUAGAGGAAAGAGGGGAGCAAAAUUGUUAUUCACGUUGCUAUGAUAAUUUGCCCAACAGCUGAGCCAUCAGACUGUCAGCUGCUCCUCAUAGCGAUUAUGACCAAUAACACUCUUCCAACACCCAGGAAGCUGUCUGAUAUGUCCAGGUAUUUGUAAGCCCUAUUGCAUCCUUGUGGCAGUUCUUAAAUAUUGAUAUCUAAACAUUCCAGCUAUCAGUAUCCCUUUUAGAAGGGCAAAAUGCAUCAACAUCUAAUCUAAGUGUUUAAGUACUUGUGUGGUUUACGGUGAAAUAAUAUUUGCAUUUUUGGGUUUAGCUAAAAAAGCACUAACGGGACAAACAACCAGUAAAAAAUGACUUGGCUACAGUGAUUUAAUCUGUAAUCCCUCCUUGUUUUACUCCCUGUAAUGAAAAGGUAAAGAUUCAAGAGACGCGCAGCUGUUUGUAGGUGGUAGUCUUCUGUUGUAGCUCAUGAGAAAUUUCUACUGAUGCAUCAGUUUUGCUCUGAUUUUAUGCUGCUAAAUAUUUAUAGUGAUUAAGAGUUUAGUUUAUUUUGCUCAGUGUUGAUUUCUGGUUUGCCGGUAGCAGAAUGGAGAUCUGAGACACGUGGUCCUCCGAGGCGAUUACUGUUGUUCUAGUUAACUGGAAUAUUAAAAAGAAAAUGUAAACAAAGAACAA